AUGAUGCCUACAGCUAAAGGCAGGUCCCAAAUGAUACCCAAUCACGUCCUGAGAGUGGGUCAAACUAUCCACCUGGACUCUGGGCCGAAGGAGACAGGCAAUCAACAUCUCGGUCUCACGGAUCCCAGCAGUAACCAUGGGGACUCUGAUCUUGAUAUUUCCCUGGAUAAUCUCAACCAGCUCAUCUUGGAACUGGAUCCGACAUUUGAACCCAUUGAAGUCAACAAAAGUCCCUUGUGCAUCAGCCCUCCUACAGACGACUCAGAUGAAGAUGUCUCCGACUGCGUGUUGGUCCCUAGAGGAUGUCCUCCCUGCUCCCUGCCCACUGUGGUCCCAUCUAUGUCACCCAGUAUACCCAUCCCUACAUGCAGCCGUGUCAGCUGCAGUCCCCAUGGCUCACUGGUGUUCUCCAGCUCCCCGACAUCCUCCCUGCCUCCGCUGCCGUGUGGCAGUGCAGCCCGACGGAUUCCCUCACCGAAACAUGAUACGACCUAUUCCCAAAAAUCCCUGAGCCUGACAAACUCCAACAGAAACAGUGCCAUUUCGCUCCUCUCCAUGUCAACAUGCUCAGACACCAGCUACAUCCUUGGCAGCAACCUGUCCCUGGCCAGUGAAGACGCUGACUCUCAAGAGUCCAUCCUCACUCACAUGUCCAGCUCCUUUAGCGAUGGGUCCAGGACUACGGCAUUUGAGAACAGGCACAGCCCGGACAAGCCCCCGCUGUUCAGGCGAGGACAUUUGCAGGAGCUUCAAGGCAAAGGAGCACAUAGCAGUCCUGCUUCUCUCUCUGGGUCUUUCUGCGAAAUCCCUUUACUGCUAGUCAACGGUGAACCACAGCCAGAUCUGCAAAUCCAGUCUCCUGGACAAGAAGUGGACUUAAUGCCGACCACCCCUACUGUGUCCAACUCAAAGCCAUUCUCUCCUCAAAGUAUCCAAGCACGUUUUAGUGGCAGCCAUCCCUCGAUGAAGUUUGUCAUGGACACUUCAAAGUUUUGGUUUCGUCCACAUAUCAACAGAACAGAAGCUGAAGCUCUGAUAAAGGACAAGGAAGUAGGAGCAUUUGUGGUGAGAGACAGCACCUCCCACAGAGGUAGUUUCGGUCUGGCUAUGAAGGUGGACCAAACAGCCCCCAACAGCAAUGCUAUCACUUAUCCAGGAGAGAGCAGUUCAGAUCUCAUCAGACACUUCCUUAUUGAAUCAUCAGCUAAGGGUGUACGUAUCAAAGGCGCUUCUCAGGAACCAUAUUUUGGAAGUCUCUCUGCCCUGGUCUACCAGCACACUGUUUCUGCAUAUGCUUUACCCUGCAAAUUAGUGCUCAACUCCAGAGAUCUGGGCGGAGCAGAGGAGAGGGCAAAUCACAAACCAGCGUCAGAGGACACUAAUAAAACAGCUUGCAAUUUUGUCUACCUGAAUGCUGUCCCCACUGAGAUGCUGACGGGCCCCUGUGCAGUGCAGAAAGCGGUGUGCUCCACCCUUGAGAAGGCCCCGGGUUCCUUCACACCCACCAUAGUCAACAUGAAGGUGUCUUUGAAGGGUGUCACACUUACAGAUAUCAACAGGAAGCUCUUCUUCAGACGCCAUUACCCUUCUCACCUGCUUAGCUACGGUGGUGAAGAUCCACACAGCCGACUGUGGUUGAAAGGUUCCAGUUUUGGUGCAAGGAUGUUUGGCUUCGUGGCAAAAGGUGUUGAGGCUGGCAUGGAGAAUGUAUGCCACGUCUUUGCAGAAUAUGACGCCCUGCAGUCUUGCAACAAAGUCAUUGAGGUUAUUCAGGCUGCCAUCGCCAAGCCAUAGACACACACGGACUGAGACAACAUGUUCUUAAGAACUUACCUACACUGUCUGUCUUUCACUUUUCUCAAGUAACCCGUCCAAUAUGGUGGUCAUCGUCAGUCUCUACUGCUGUUGUUAAAGUGGAUAAAUAACUGUUUCUGCCAGAUUACAAUACCAUGAAAAUUUGAUUUAGAAGCACUUUGGACUACCCCGACUCGUACCACAGUCACAUGAUUAAAGUCAUAUUGAAAAGACAGAUGUAACUGUGGUACAUAUGAAGAUAUAUAAGACUGAAUAGCUGUCCAGCAAGAGCAUAACAGACAAGGAAACAGCGACAUAUGAUUGUAAUUAAAUGGCACACAGCUACUGUUAAAAUAAUGUCCAACCAGUUUGUAAAUAUGUUAAAACAAAUUCAACAAUACUUUUGUAAUUCUUAUUAUAUGAAGUUCCCCAAAAAUAUUAUAGUGCAAAAUUUUUGUAGAAAACCAACACCUAUAUAGAGGUUAGGGUAUGGCAAACUAAUUGAUUUGUGUAAUUUGAGGUGUAAAUCUGCACUAGACGUUAAAUUAUAGUGAUGUGAUAUUGUGAUGUAAUAUAGUGAUGAGUGAUUUUUCAAGGUUCUUUUAAUAGACUAGAAGAAGAGCUGACUAAUUGUCAUGUCCUUUCAUUUCAAAGCAGAAACGUUACAUAUACCCUGUUGUAUAGUUCAGAAUGUAUUUAUUAUAUGGCACUGUAAACAAUUUCCUCUCUGUAUAUUCA